GGUGGGUACAGUAGGUGUAUAAACAGAAGUUUAAGCUUGUGAAUUUAAGUUUUAGUUUAUAAACAAAAGUUCAAAAUCGUAGGUUCUCUUCAACAUUCAACUGUUAGCUCACUUUUUUUCAUUUCUGACACUUUGUCAUACUUGCAUAUCUAUCAAUGUCUGAAGAAGUUACCUAUGCAGAUCUGAGAUUCCAGGGCUCCAAUAAGACAGAAAAUACCCAAGAAUUUGACGAACUUAAGAAGAAAGCAGCUGCUGCUACCCCUUCCCAUGUGUGGCGCCAUGCAGUCUUGCCUCUGGGUUUUCUGUGCCUUCUGCUGUUCAUUGGGAUGGGAGUCUUAGGAGGCAUGUUUUAUAAAACUUUGAAGAUAGAAAAGGAAAAAUUUGGUAAACUACAAAAUAUCAAUGAAGAACUUGAGAGAAAUGUUUCUCUACAACUUAUGAAUAACACAAGUAGCUCCAACGAGUUAAGGAACCUCUCCAACACACUGCAAAAAAUAGCCACCAAAUUAUGUUACGAGCUAUACAGGCAAAAAUCAGAGCACAAGUGUAAACCAUGUCCAACGAGAUGGCUAUGGCAUGAAAAGAGCUGUUAUUUGUUAGAUCAGGAGGAACGAACAUGGCAAGACAGUAAAACAGCAUGUGCUGCUCAGAAUGCCAGUCUGUUGAAGAUUAACAACAAGAGUGCACUGGACUUUAUAAAACCCUGGAAAUUAUAUGACUAUUGGCUGGGAUUAUCUCCCGAAACAGAAAACACAAAACCUCACUUUAAAAAAUUGGAUGACAUUUUAAACUCCUCUGCCUGGAUUAUAGAAAACAUAAAUGACUUAAAUAAUAUGUAUUGUGGAUAUAUGCAUGGAACAUAUGUUUACUAUAGAGCCUGCGGAUAUAAAUCCAAAGCGAUAUGUCAGAAGAUGGCGAAUCCAGUGAAGAUUGAAAGUACAUUAACGAGUGACAUUCCAGAUGAAAGAAUGUAGUUAGUGCAACUAUUUUGCUUCAGCUAAUAUCCUGCAAGCGCAGGUGACUUUAAAAAACAUGGAAACCAGACAAAUGGAAUAAAAAUCC